AUGUCAGACGCACUCGCAGACCAGUUGAAGGGGACCUCUCUGAACGACGCCGCGUCUGAAGACUGGAAGAAGAACCUCAAGCUGCCAGCGAAAGACAACAGGCAACAAACUGAGGAUGUCACAAACACGAAAGGUCUGGAAUUCGAGAACUUCCAACUGAAGAGGGAUCUGCUGAUGGGAAUCUUCGAGGCCGGUUUCGAGAAGCCCUCGCCCAUCCAAGAAGAAGCCAUCCCUGUCGCCCUGACCGGUCGCGAUGUCCUGGCCCGCGCCAAGAACGGUACCGGCAAGACCGCCGCCUUCGUCAUCCCUGCCCUCGAAAAGAUCAACCCCAAAGUCUCCAAAAUCCAGUGCCUCAUCCUCGUCCCCACACGCGAGCUCGCUAUGCAAACAUCUCAGGUUUGCAAGACGCUCGGCAAGCACCUCGGCAUCAACGUCAUGGUUACCACUGGUGGCACUGGCCUUCGCGACGACAUUAUCCGUCUGCAGGACCCCGUCCAUAUCGUUGUCGGAACCCCUGGUCGUAUUCUCGAUCUCGCAGGCAAGACCGUCGCCGAUCUGAGCGAGUGUCCCAUGUUCAUCAUGGACGAGGCAGACAAGCUCCUGUCCAUUGAGUUCACUCCCGUCAUUGAGCAGCUGUUGCAGUUCCAUCCCAAGGACCGCCAGGUCAUGCUCUUCUCCGCGACUUUCCCCUUGUCGGUCAAGGACUUCUCUGACAAGAACAUGGCCAACCCUUACGAAAUCAACCUCAUGGACGAACUCACUCUCCGUGGUAUCACCCAAUACUAUGCCUUCGUCGAGGAGAAGCAAAAGGUUCACUGCCUCAACACGCUGUUUUCCAAGCUGCAAAUCAACCAGUCUAUCAUCUUCUGCAACUCAACAAACCGUGUCGAACUGCUGGCGAAGAAGAUCACCGAGCUGGGCUACUCAUGCUUCUACUCUCACGCCAAGAUGGCCCAGCAGGCUCGCAACCGUGUUUUCCACGAUUUCCGCAACGGCGUGUGCCGCAACCUCGUGUGCUCGGAUCUCCUGACUCGCGGUAUCGACAUUCAGGCUGUCAACGUCGUCAUCAACUUUGACUUCCCCAAGAAUGCUGAGACCUAUCUGCACCGUAUCGGCCGAUCUGGUCGUUACGGUCACCUUGCUGAUGGCUGGUCCUUGAGGGCCAUUCCUUGA